UUGCUCACCACCAUCCUUUUUAAUGAUGCCUUGUCUGGAUCCAUGGCCUGUGGGGAAACAGGGUUGCCAGGCUUUCUUCCAACAAUUAUGGGAAAGUGGAGACACUUCUACUUUAAUCAAGCCUUUGGUUUUGUGUACUUUUGUUCCAUAAAACCAAGCUUCAAAAUCCACAGGAGGGGAAUUCUCCAUCAAAAUGCACUUGGCAUAUUUUGAAAAGACGGGUAUUUUAGAUCUUAUAAGCUGUACUGAUCUGGAAGCAUUGAUACUUUCUCUCCAGUAAAGAAUCAAAGCUAUACCUAGUCAUGGAGGAAGAAGUGGCUCAUUUGCAAAAGGGAAACCUUUUACAUCAUUCAGAUAAUAAACUGAUCGAAUUUCCAUCACAUACUCCUGGGAGUCAUUCCUUCAGCAGCCCCACAAACACUUCUCCUAUAUCAAGUAUACUCACUGGGAGGGGAGCACAUUAAUGCCCGCUGCUUUCUCCUUCCCUCUAACAGUGGUGCUGAGGGCAACCAGCCCUUUAAAAUAGGUAGCAAGAAGGACUAAAGUACCCUUUUUGAGGAUUUUGAACAAGAAGCUAAGAAAAUGAGAACUUAAAAGGUAGUCCAGUGGAAAGAGGUACUGAUCUGAAGAAAAGCCCAAGAUGCCUGGAUUGAGCCUAAAAUACAACCCUGUCCCAGUAUCUGACCCAGAGACCAAGUCCAUAUCAAAAUUCACUACUGGAAAUCCUCUGUAGCUCUGGUAGGAAAGGACCCUAUCAAGUUGUGCUAAGUCACACUACAGUUAUAACCAAAGAAAAGGUUGUGUGGAUACAUAUGAGCCAAGUGCAAGUCUCUUUUUUGUUGGAUACCUUAUCAGUAGGGAAUGGGCCACUUUAGACUACUGGAAAAUUGAAGAGAAUUCAAAGGUACAUUAUAUGAAAUCCCUCCCUUCAAAACUGGGAUGACAUUGGUUGCUUUUGUUUUCUUAACUAUUCAUGCUAUUGGUCCCGUGAAACUCUAGACUAAUGUAAACCUUAUCUAUGCCCAUCAUGAAGGGAGAGAUGAUGAGCAUAUUCCCUAUUGCCCUAACCCUGCUCCUAGGAUUUGGCCUGGCACGUCAUGCCCUUCCACAGCAUCCCUUCAUCACACCUAUACAACGGGCUGUUACUGCAGCAAACUUAACAGAUUUUUGGGUCUGUCAUAAAGUGGGUAAUAUGGAAACUGAGGUUUCCUUGAUCCCCAUACCAGCACCACUAUCCCAUUGGAUCAAUGAAUCCAUAUAUGGAGUAUAUUAUUAUUCCUCCUAUUCUAAGUACCAAUAUCUGUGGAAAUACACAGGCCAGCCCCUCUCCCCUGAAUAUGGAAAAGGACUGAAAUACAAGGUACACGUGAGCCGCACCUUUUAUACAUACCAAGUUGCAGGACAUCCACAGUAUCGAAUACAACACCGAGGUCAGUAUCCAUUGUGCAUCCAAAAUGACAAUGGAACAGUAUACUUGGGCGAUGUUCCAGAGGACAGAUGUGCCCAGACCUUGUGGUUUGACACUGAUGAUGGCACAUGGGAAGUGAGCCCUGGAUCGAAUAGCGGAGGAAACCUAAAAUGUGGGAAGACCUCCCCAGUGACAUUCUGGGACAAAGAAAGAUAUUCCAACUUCACCAUCCUUCCCCUCAAUUAUACCUCCGCCAGCUGGAAAAGUGAAACAAAGAACUAUCAUGAUGACACUUUAUAUGUUUUGGCUGAAGGGGGAGAGAUUGUCCACACAAACUUUAAUAUGUCAAAUUGCCCUGAUGAAAGCUCUUUUGUUAACUUCACACUUAUAUACCAGAUGUUUGAGUCUAUACUCUGUGGUUAUAAUGACACCCCUUGGCACCAUUUGACUCAUUCGUGGAAAAAUUUUAACAAGCGAUGCCCUUGGUAUUUUGAGACAGGGACUCUGAUGAUUCGAGGGAAAGAACGGUGGUCACCAAAUUCCACCUGGGCCCAUUAUUUUGGUAACAGACUUACUCUAUCCCUUGCACACACACCUGGGCUUUAUUUUAUUUGUGGUGAUUAUGCUUACAAAGCUCUACCUCCAGCAUGGGGAGGAACGUGCACCAUAGCCUAUCUUGUCCCUGAUCUACAGAUACACAAGACCUUGACCUCUACACCUGUCCCCAACCUUAGGAGCUUAAUUAAUCGAGUUCAUAAACCCACUACCAAUCCUUUGGCUGAGAAACCCUCAGGCUUCCACGCCUUUGCUCGAGCCUUGUUUCCAUGGCUUGGGAUUUUGGAAAUUGAGAAGGCAAUAGUGAAUAUGUCUGCAGCUGUAGAAGAAGGCUUCAGUGCCACCCUCGAUGCCAUAUCCAACCUGCGGCUAGAGGUGGACCCCCUGUCUCAUGUGGUGGUUCAGAGUCGGAUGGCAUUAGAUAUGAAACAAGCCCAACAAGGUGGAGUUUGUGCAUAUGUCAACACCAUGUGUUGUUUCUAUGUUGAUAAAAAGAACCAGAUAAGUCAAAAUGUUACCAAGUUGAAAAAUUUCAUGAGCACAGACUCUGAAUAGGCUAGAUUUGGUGAGACGCCAAAGGAGUCCCAAAAAGGGCUGGGGGAAAUUGUGAAGGAUACAAAAUGCCAUAGGUCCAGGGAGAGCCCUAUAGAGUGCCUUAAUAUGGAUACCCUUAUUAGAAACUGAUUGGUUUCUCUAUAUUGCAGGAUGCUGCCAAUUGGCUGUGUAAUCUCUGCAAUGGUGCUGAGCCUUAUGGCACAGGGUCUACAAAAGACCUAACCCUUGUUUGAGAAGUCAUUUUCCGGCUAAUGGCUUCUCAACUUGGCUUUGAAUAAACGAUUUCCUUUUUUAGCUAGUCCCUGAAGUUACUGACCCAGUCUGUGGACCCAGCUGGUGGGCGAGGUUCUUCCUGGGGUUGAGAAAUGCUUAAACACUACCCUUAUUAGACUGUGAGCUCCAUGAAAGUGUAGAUGCCAUAUACAUUUUGUAGCUUCUAUAGCAUCCAGCAGAACACUCUGUACACAGUGUCUGCUUAACAAGUACUGUACCGUAUUGUCCAAUUGUUGGUUUUUCUAAUGAUUGUGAGUAGUGUAAAAGGAUGUACGUUUUAACUUAAAUGUUUGUGAAGUUUGUUUUUUAUAAGUAAGUUUUCAAAAUAAAAAGUUUCCAAAAUGA